AUGGUGGACGAGCAUAGUCACGCUCCCUCCAUCAAUCAGGCGAAAAUUUUGGCAAUUAAUGAAGCCCUCAGGGCCGAGAAUCAGAAAAUGGCCGAGCUCCUACGACAGAUGGGGCAUGAUCGAAGCAAGGGAGAACACAAAAGUACCGAAAACAAGGACAACGAUGACGAGCAUACCUCGGAAACCAAACAAGCCAUUCCCAAAACCACCAAAACAACUACCAAAAAGAGAACCAACCCAUUUGCCAAAGAAGUCAUGAGUUUCGAAAUGCUCCAAAAUUUCACGCUACCGUCGACCUUAAAACCUUACAAUGGAAUAGGAGAUCUGAAUGUCCACAUCACAAAGUUCCAGGCCAUGAUGUUCAUGAAUAAGGAUUUCGAUCAGAUCUUAUACCGCACUUUCCCAACCUUCCUAGACGGAGCCGCUCUGAUUUGGUUUUCCAACCUCCCUGAAGGCUCCAUCUCCAACUUUGACGAACUAGCAGAUCAGUUCAUCAACCACUUCGCUGCAUCCAAAAUAUACGUCCAUAAUUCUGAUUACCUAAGCACCAUUAAGCAGGAACCAAACGAGAGCCUAAAGGACUACAUGACCAGGUUUGCCGAAGCGACCAACGAAAUACCUAAAUUAAACCCUGAGGUCCACCUCCACGCCCUCAAAAGCGGACUCCGUCCAGGAAAAUUCAAAGAAUUUAUAGUUAUUGCAAAACCAAAAACUCUAGCCGAGUUCCGCGAAAAAGCAACUACCCAGAUCGAGGUGGAAGAAUUCCGAGCAUUACGUAGAGCAGAUAAACCUACCCCAAACAGAGACGAGGAAAGGCAAAACAGACAAUCGAACAGCAGAUCGGAUACGAGAACGUUUCGGCUAACACCCAAGUUCGACAACUACACCCCCUUCAACACAAAAAGGGAGGACAUCAUAAAAGAUAUAUUGCACUCAAAACUUAUCAAACCCUCUAAUAGGGCCGGUACAUAUCAAGACCAGCGACAUGUGGAUAGAUCGAAGUACUGUGCUUUCCACCAGAAGUACGGCCACACCACGGACGACUGCAUCAUAGCCAAAGAUGUCCUCGAAAAGCUCGCCCGCCAAGGGUUACUGGACAAAUAUAUUGAGAGCCGAGGAAGGAAGAAAAGCACAGAUGACCCUAGCCAGCAACCCAAACCGACCACUAAUUCUCGAGACAAUGGGAAAAAGGUAGAUAAUGAUAUCAAUCCGCUGCGCAGAAUAAUAAACUGCAUUUCUUGUGGUUUUGCAGGUGGCGGAUGCACAAACUCGACACGAAAAAGGUCGUACCGAGCUAUGAUGACAAUGACAAAAUCCACCACGUCUCAACCAGCCAACAAAGACAGGCCGGAGGUCUCAUUCGUCCCCAAAGACUAUAAAGCAAAUGACCAAAACUUGGAUGACCCGGUUGUCAUCACAGCACAAGUCGGAGAACCGUUGGUAAAAAAUAUCCUAAUGGACCCAGGAAGCAGUGCCGAUGUACUCUUCUAUUCAACUUUCCAAAAGUUGAAACUCAGCGACAAGAACCUCCAACCAUCCUCCGAAGAACUGGUAGGUUUCUCAGGUGAGCGUAUCUCCAUUCGAGGUUAUAUUUGGUUACAAACCACUUUCGGGGAAUACCCCAACAGUAAAACAAUAGAUAUACAGUAUCUUGUGGUAGAUUGCAGAAGUCCAUAUAACAUUAUUUUAGGCAGACCAUCCUUGAACGCAUUCAAUGCUAUUGUUUCUACUGUGCAUUUGUGUGUCAAGUUUCUUUCACAGGACAACAAAGUCGUUACUAUCCACGAAGACCAGAAAGAAGCUAGACAAUGCUAUAACGCCAGUCUGAAAAACGAACAGCCAAAACAAACAGAGCAGUAA